CUUAUUAAUUUUUUUACGAUAAAGGAAACAGUUCAAACGUAAUGGACACUUCAAAAGAAUUAAAAAAGCCGAGGAUAAGUUACGUUGCGUUAGUGACAAUGCUCUCAUAGUCCAAGCAGCACAUUUAUAGAUUGGUUUCGACCCAUCGAGUGAGGUGAAAAGCGAGCGAGUAUCUUUAACCUACCGUACGAUUCCAAGCAGGGCCUGCAAAGAAACAGCUUCAAGGACUGCCAACAGCAAUCUAGAAUGCUGAAUUUUAGCUUGAAUGUAACCACUAACUCCACUAAUGGAACAUUUCAGGCCAGUGCAUUUGAAACUUGUUAUUUUAUUAAGUGUAUGUUUAGUGAUGGUGAAAGGGCAGCCAUUAUUUUUGUCUUCUUUGCAACGUUUUUGAUUUCACUGGUCGGCAACUCCUUCGUGUGUCACAUCAUUGCAAAAUCCCGAAAGCUUAAAAGCUGCACGAACUUUUCCAUUCUCAACCUCAGCAUUGCUGACCUUUUACUGACGAUUUUCUGCAUCCCGGUCAUCACUAUUGAUCUUUACAUCGUGGCCGAUUGGGUCUAUGGACUCUUUAUCUGUCGACUGGUGGCGUUUUUGCAAAAUACAGCUGUGGUAUCAUCAAUUCUCAUCCUUCUAACGAUUAGCAUAGAAAAAUUCCUUGUGGUCUGUUAUCCUUUCCAAUCACGCGUCUAUCGAAACUUCUUUCGUUACAUCAUUUACAUUGUCUGGAUCCUUGCCAUCGUUGACUCGGCAGCGAUAUGCAUAUUGAAGAAGACGGUGCCUUUUGGCGAGAAAACAUAUUGCAUUUUUGAAUGGCCAAGCUUGAGAUUCCAAAAGAUCUACCUAAUGGGGCAUGGAACAGGGCUAUUCUUUCUGCCACUUUUGUUGAUGACCUGUCUUCACACUGCUACGAUCUAUGUCAUUCAAAAGAAGACGACACAUCGGAUAAAUGGAUCCAAGACUACGAUUCGUACCAACGUGAGGAAGCUUAGACAGAAGCGCAAAGCGGUGACGAUAUUGGUCAUGAUUGUGGUACUUUUCACGAUUUCCUGGGGGCCUUUUCUCUCUCUCUCGAUUUGGGAAGCUUUUGCUGAUUUGGAGAAAAAGAUGGCAUUGUAUAAAACUCUUAACCAAAUGUUUGUGGUGUGUUUAUGGAUGAUGUUCUUGAAUGCUGCCGGCCAUCCGGUUAUUUACUGCUUUCUGGGCAAAGAGUAUCGUAAAGCUAUGAAGCAAUCCCUAUGGAAAAAGACCCCAUCGUCAAAUACUAGAUUCACACCCCGGGAUAAUCAACCCGCUAUACCAUUAAGAAAUAUUGACCAUUCUUAACUUGAAAAAUCAUCAAAACACUAAGUAAAAACAAGCUACUGAAGUGUUUGAGUUUAUGGCAGCCAGAUGCCACACCAGAAGAGUUCAAUAUCUUAUUGAAAAGUCUUCAGUAAAAUUAACUGCCAACGGUAAACAAAUGAAAUUACAUAAACUAAGUACUUCAAAAGUCAGGAUCCGCAUCAAUACGGCUAAUAGUUAAGACUUUAAUUUUAUUUAUCAUUGAAUCAAAGACAUGUUUGCUUUUCAAGGAAUUGAUGGCAAGGAUAAAACGGCUUCAAAAGUAAUAUGGCCCAACAAAAUCGGACUUAGAAAAUAUAUGUGUAGAGAAGUCAAUAUUUAAGCAUCCUUAAUCACUUAUUUGCAAUUAAAUUUUUCAAAAGUA